AUGGCUAUUCGAGCUGAGCACCUCCCCGCGCUCCCAUUGGAGCCGCUACCAGAGAUUCCAUCUGGUCUUCGGAUCGCUUACGCGCAGCAUCUCCUCAACAAGCACCUUCGCAAGCUGCGAGCAAAGCUCAAUGAAGAUGUCGAAUUUUCUGAUCCACUGCCUCGGAAAAGGUUCUCUCAUUCAGCCCCAUCUGACAGCGUUGGUGAUCCCCUAUCGGAACUUCCCGAAUACAAAGGUCGUGUCGCAAUUGUCGGUGCUGGUGCUACGGGCUUGUAUCUUGCCAUGAUGCUCAAGUAUCUCAAGAUUAACAACGUGGAUAUUUAUGAAGCUUCGGAUAGAAUUGGUGGGCGAUGUUACACUUACAAUUUCCCUGAUGACAAGGACUCUCCGCACAAUUACUAUGAUAUCGGAGCGAUGCGCAUCCCAGAAAUUCCAGCUAUGCAAUCCACUUUGAAUCUUAUUAAGGAACUGGAUCUCCCUAAGGAACCUUACGUUCUGAACGCUGGUUGCGAGCCACAAAUGCACUACUACUCAAACAACCCUGCUGAUGCUCCUAGUGGAAAAGCCUAUGAGGAGAGAAUUAAGAAGAUCAUUGACAAGCUUGGCCAAAACUGGAACGAGGAGUUCAAGGCCUUGAUCGAUGGUGACGAUGACAACUACUCCACUAGAGCUUGGCUCAUGCACACAGAUCCCAAGUUGACCUACGAACAAACAGAAGAAGCCGAGUCGGCCGAGACAUCUACAGGUCUCUUUGAUCAGGCAUUUAUCGAGUCACUCUGUGACUACAGUGACUUCCAAGCCGCCACUGGAAAACCAUGGUGGCGUCUCGAAGGAGGUAUGUCCAUCGUCACUGACAAGAUGAACGAAUGCCUCGAAGACAAGAACUGGGUCCCACACAAUCCCGUCUCAUUCAAGGUUAAGACCAGCACACCAGUGGUUGCCAUGUCAGAGAGCGAGUCAGGCGACAAGAUAGAGGUGACGCUAGCUGGUGCAAAGAAGCCCGAAAACUACGACAUGGUAUUCAACACCACUGCUAUGGGGCCUCUCCAACGCAUGGACAUCUCAGGCCUCGUCCCUGGCUUUGGACUUCCUGGCUAUCAGAAGAAGAUCCUUACUGGUAUCCGCGCUCUCAGCUACGAUCGUGCUUGCAAAGUAGCCAUCAAGUUCAAGACGCGAUGGUGGAAGGGCAUGUACAAGACUUCCACUACGGACGAUACUAUUGGCGGUGUAUCAAGCACUGAUCUCUCGGUCAGCAAUGUUGUUUACCCGUCUUGGGAUGACGGCGAUAAACCAGCUGUACUCAUGGUCUCAUACAGCUGGGCACAGGAUGCCACACGUAUGGGAACUCUCAUCCCAGACUACUCCAAACAGGAUCCUUGCAUCGAUGACACGGUGGUCACACAGUCUUUACAAGACUUGGUCAAACUCUGGUCUAAGAGCGAUCCAACUAUCACUGUUGACUUUCUCAGGAGCCAGUAUGUUACUCAUCACGCCUACGCUUGGUCCCACGACCCAUACACGGGUGGCGCAUUUGCCCUCUUUGGACCCGGGCAGUUCAAGUAUAUGUACCCAGAGUUCCAACACAUCCUUUGUGCAGGCAAAUUCGCUAUCUGCGGAGAGGCGUUGAGCCCCCAUCAUGCUUGGAUCUCGGGAGCCCUUGACAGUGGAUAUCUCACUAUGCUUCGAUGGCUAGGUUAUCUCGGUCAUCACACUAGAAUCGAAGCAUUGAGGAAGUCGUGGUUUGGUGCUGGAAAGGGCGAACAUGCUGCUGAGUAUGAUGAGACUCUGAUGGCCUGGUCUGUCGAGCUGAGUCAGAAGGUCUCUGAAGAGCUAAGAUGA